AUGCUUCUUUCACUUCCUCCUUAUUGUCUCUUCUUUCUUACUGUCUCUUUUCUCCUUUUACUUUCUUUCUUCACAUUCUUUUAUCCAUCUUUAUUUCUUCUUCUUUCUUAUCUCUAUUUACCAUCUCCCUUAUUUGUUCUCUUUUUUUUCUCUAUCCUCACUUCUCUUUCUUCAUUCAUUUUUCCCUAUGACCUUUUCUGUAACAUCUUCCCAUCUCCUAUAUCUCUCACCCUGUCUCCAUCUCUACUCUUUUUCCCUUGCCUCUCUGCACCACUACUCUCCAUCACUUUUCCCUCUUUCUGUCUCUCUCUUUCUACUUUAUCUCAUCACUAUUCUGCUAUCUCUCUCUCUUCUAUUCCUUACUCUCCCUUACUCUCCCUUCUUCCUAUCUCUAUCUCCCAUCACCUACACUUGCACCUUCUUAACUCUAUUCCCUAUCCCAUACUCUUUAUUCUUCCUAUCUCUAUCCCUUACUCUCUUUUUUCUAUCCCUGUCCCUUAUCACUUACUCUCCUUCCUUCCUUCCUUCCUUCCUUUCUAUCCCCCAUCACUUACUCUCCCUUCCCCUUAUCUCUGUCCCCCCAUUCCUUACUCUCCUUCCUUAUCUCUAUCCCCCAUCCCUUACUCUCCCUCCUUUUUUUCAUCUAUCCCCCAUCCCUUACUCUCCCUCCUUCUUAUCUCUAUCCCCCAUCCAUUACACUCUCUGCUUCAUAUCUCUAUCCCCCAUCACUUACUCUCCCUCCUUCUAUCUCUAUCCCCCAUCUGUUACUCUCCUUCCUUCCUUCCUUCCUGUCACUUUUCUUCAUCCCUUACUCUCCUUCCUAUCUCUACCCUUCCCUCUUCCUGUUCUCCUUUUUUAUUUUCUCUUUCCUCCUCCUCCCCUCAAAUAUUCAGUCUUCUUGUAUUUCUAAUUUGUUUUUCUCCUGGCAAAUCUGAUUCUGUCAUUUUAUUUAACUGCAUUUUUUUUUGUUUUUUACUUUUAAUUUCACUCAAAGCCAUUUUCAUCUCAGCCUGCCUCAGAAAAAUUUUUCAUUUCUUUUUCCUUUCCUGGUCUCUUUUGCAUUUUUCUCUCAAUUUUUCUCAAUUUCUUUCCUUGAUUUUUCUAUUCCUUCAUUUAUUCUUCUAUUUCUACUUUAAUUUUUCUUUCUUCAUCUUCUUUCAUGCCACCUUCGUUAUGCUUUCUUCAUUCUUUUCUCCCAUUUGCCAAUCUUCUAUUCUUUUUCUCCUUUUCUCUUUUACUUUUCUCCUACUUUUUUAUUUCCACUUUUCUUCUCUCUUUUUUCUUUUUGUCUUCUUUCUUCUCUUUCUUCAACAUUUAUCUUUCCUCAUUUUCUUCCAUUUUGAUUAUCUGAUACUUCUCACCUCCUACUUUUCUGCUUAUUCAUUUCCCUUUUACUCUCUCUCUCUCUUUCUCUCUUUCCAUUCUUUUCCUCCUUAUCUUUCACUUCCAACCUCGUUCAUUUUUUCCUUCUCUACCUUCUCUCAACAAAAUAAGCAUGUUUUGUCUUAUAUCUAA